GUAAACAAUCUGUGUUGGCAGAUGUGAAUGUUUUGAGGGAGUUUGUCAAGAUGGCAAGUCCCAGGACACGUCGAGUCUUAGCUGAAAUUAAGCCGAAGGAUGAAAACACUCAAUGUUUUGAAUGUGGAACCCACAAUCCCCAAUGGGCUUCGGUAACGUAUGGAAUAUGGAUAUGCCUAGAAUGUUCAGGGAAGCAUCGUGGCCUUGGUGUUCAUCUGUCAUUUGUUCGCUCAAUUACUAUGGACAAAUGGAAGGAUAUAGAACUAGAAAAGAUGAAGGUUGGCGGCAACAAAAGAGCCAAAGAGUUCCUCAAAUCACAAGAUGACUACGACCAUCAUGCUCCCAUGCAACAAAAGUACAAUACACGUGCCGCUGCUCUUUACAGAGAUAAGAUUACUGCACUGGCACAAGGGAAACCAUGGAGCAUUGAGAAUUCCUCGGCGCGUGACCAUCGCUCUUCUGCUAUUCCCAAGUCUACCUCAACGCCAGCUUUCAAAUCCUCAGGACAAAAUAGUUUUGCAACAAGUAGUAACGGUUAUGGUGGUGGCGGUGGAUAUCAAGACUACCAGAGUGGUUAUCAAGGAGGAUACCAGGAUCCUGGCAUCAAGAGUCAGACAGAAGCAUUCUUUUCAAAAGUACAAGAGGAGAACGCACAGAGGCCAGAUCAUUUACCGCCUUCUCAAGGAGGACGCUAUUCAGGCUUUGGCAACUGCCCUAACCCCCCUCCGAAGAGUGCAUCCACUGAGUUCUUUGACACUGCCGUGAACUCUUUAUCAAGUGGAUGGUCUUUGCUUUCUAUAGGAGCCACGAAAGUAGCAGGAAAAGCUGUGGAGUACUCCUCUAUAGCAGCAGAAAAAGCUACAGAGUAUAGCCACGUAAUCACUGACAAGGUGCGAGAAGGAAAACUACUUGAGGAACUGGGGUCUCAGGCAGCAAAUAUUGGUACUAAGUCUCUCAAUAGUAUAACAACAACUGUCUCGGUACUCAGUGGUGCUGAUUGGCCACAGGAUAGUGAAAAAGAGGAUAAGAAAGAAGAAACUGAGGUCAGCGAGGUGUCUCGGCGUGGUUGGAGUGAAGCCACCCGUGCCUGGGGCAGUGGGGGCCCAGGAGGAGGCACUUUAGCUCUGACGGGAGGUUCAGGAGGUCCUCACGAAAGAUCUUCUUUGCUCUUGGGACCUGGGGAUGGAUACCAGCGUCUGGAUAACAACAAUAUGGUGGACGCUUCACAAACGGAUGCCACCACGUCGGCAAAUGCGGCCACCUCUUCUGACCAAAUGCCGGACGAUGACCUGAUUUUGUCAGAGGAAGAUCAUUGGGCCAAAAAGCCUGCUGCUGACCCAGAAUCAAAUGAUGGAUGGGGAGAUGACAGUUGGACCAGUGACUGGGGUAAUGGAAACAAUAGCAAUGUGUCUUCACCUACACAAACCAGAAUGGAAUCUCCUAACCCCUCUCCUAAUGGUCGGGUCGCCAAGAAAAACAACAACAACAGUAACAAGAGUAAAGGAUCAGUCAAAAAUAAGGGUAAUGCUGAGGAGGAACUCUUAGUCGAUAUUAAUAGUACUAGUGGCGGUGGAGGAGGCAAUAACAAAGGGCACACCUGGGACAACUGGGAUGAUGAUUGGGAAAAAAUAGAUGGACAAUAGAAGGUAGAGUAAGACCAAGAAUGUCAAAAGUAUGUACGUACUAUGACAUACAAAGUGGAUUCAAAUUUUUCUCAGAUUGAGAUUUCCAUAUAUAAUUAUUUCUAGUUUAAUUAUAUUGCAGAAGAUGAAGAUCAUGAUUUCAAUGUUUUCAUCUGAAGGAACAUAAAUUCUAAUUAGGGUCCAGAUUUUGUCACACACCAGCUUGGUUGUGAAAACUACAAGUAAAGUUAAAAGCUCGUAUAUUUUAAUAAUUUGCUUUCAUUAAAUGAAGUUCUAAAAAUGUAUUUAAUUGGAAUUUGAGUACUAUAUGAACAAGUGUGCAAUUUUUCCUAGGUUUUAAUGAUAAUAUUUUUGUGGAAUGUCUGAUAUAUAAGAUGCUCAAACAUAAGAAAAAAAUAAGAUUGUAUCACUAGUAACUUUUGUUUUUAUAUGAAUUGAAAAUUUUAUCUAAAAACAGAAAUUUUACUGUUGCAUUUUAUAUAUUCUUUUAGAUUUAGUUGAGAUAUAUUAUUGAUUGCAAUGCUGUAAAAAUGAAACCUUUUGAAAAGGUUUCAAUAGAACCUCAUCCUCAAACCUUAGUAAUCAGUUUUGAUAUUUCAGGAGAUUUUAUACUUCAUUUUUAAAUUAAACCAUGCAUGCAACUACUACUUGUGCAUUGCUAAUGUUUGCUUGUACAGAUAUCUGGUAUAGAUGUUCUAAUGAUAUUGAUGAUCAAGUACUGCUUAAUUGUAGAACAAUAUUCUGCUGCCAAAGAUGUCAUGCAAAGUAUAUGCAAAUGAAUACUGUAAUGUAUGAUAUCUGUGUCAUGGUUUAUAGGAAAAAUUGCAAUAUAUUCCUUCAGAUUUUGUAAAUGUAACUCACAUUACACACACUCAAUGUAAACAUUCAUUCAUUAUUUUGGUGGUAUUCAUCCCCACGGUAACAGGAUUGUCUUUUUUCAUUACAGCCUAUGAAGUAUAUUUUUUAACAAUUGUAGAAUACUUAUUUAGGAUCAUAUAGUAGUCGAUAUGUAUACUAAGAAAGUUAUUUCUGUAAGUCCACUGUCAACAACUUAUAGUAUUGUGACCCAGCCUUUUCAGGUUACUCAAUGAAUGGACUCAUUCACUAUUCUUUGACUCUGCAUCUUGUGCCUGAUACCAAGAGAAUGGCCUUAGAAGUUAGCUUGGUUUGAGAGCAUAUUUUCACAGCUUCCAUUUCAGUUGAUCACGGCUCAAAAACUCUUAAGACUGUCGAGUCAUUUUGAAAUGUCUCAAGUCCAUUGAUAGAAGAUGGUGCUUAUUCAUCAACCUCAUAUCACUAUCAAGUGUGUUGCUUAUACCUUAAUUUAAAAAGUCAGUCUUUUAACAUAUCAGAUCAGUCAAGAAGGGUAGGCAGUACUGUUUGGAUUAUGACAUGAGCAAAUCUAAGGGUGAAAUUGCUAUGACGAAAAAAAUUCUUUCGUCCAAAUGCAAAAUUUUUUUUGCAUAGUUUUUUAAGUGAGGUAAAAAUAUAUUUUAUUACUUUUUAUGAAUUUGGUUUGCAAUUUGAAUAUUUUCAGAAAAUUUUAAUACUUUUACCAUAUAUAGUUAAUAAAAUUAUCAAUUUCAAUUUUGUAAAUUUCUUUUUAAUCUUUUUACUCUUAAUUCUUUUAACCUUCAACCUGACCAGUUCAGUUGGUCAAGGUAUUGCGUGUCCUGUCAAUAUAAUUUACAUUCCAAAUAUAUCCAUCUUUUAAGACCAUGAUUACUUCAUGUCUGUGUAUCCCAUUUUUAGGUCCCCAUUUGUUUCAAAAUCUCCCAGUGUGAGAAGAGGUCAAAUUGUUUUUAAAUUAACUUUCCAUUUUUACAUUAUAAAGAAGAGAGCCAAGGUACUCUGAAUAAGAAGGGAUUCUUUAAUGGAAUCUAAGGAGCAUGUUAUAAAUACUACUGGUAAAUAAAUAUGUCAAGAUCAUCUGCAUGGAUGUCAUGCUAAAUCCAAAAACAUAAAGACAUGGAUAUACUAAUUUAGAUGCAAAUCUGAAGUGAAGAGUUAAAAUGAAAAACAUUUGUUUAGCUACUUGUAUAUUUGGAGGGGCCUUUGCUUUUUUGCAAGCAUGAUUUUAUGGCAGGAACAAUAAUGUCUACGAACCAGACAGCAAACGGCAAACUAUCUUCAAGCAGUCUGAACUUGGGUAUCCAUGGAGGCACAAUAAUGCUAACUGUGAUUUUCCUUCUGUGUAUCUCUUGAAUACUGAUGAGGACUGUAAAACUUGUGUAUAUACUGUAUUUAUUUACUGGAAUCCAUCUUCAUAUUACAUACAAGUGAUAAGAAAAUUUCUGAAAUUUGAUGAAUAAAUACUAUAGUUGUAUCUUAUAAAAUAACAGUGUUUUGUGAUAUCUUGUUCAUGUUGUAGCAUGGACAUUAUUUACAGUAAUGUUGUGGUUAUAGAUGAAUGUGGACAUUAUUGAUAUUACAGUAAUAGAUACAUUAAGAUUUCAACCACAUGGCUCUGAUUUAACUUUGCUCGACUUCAUUUCGAUCUACUUUUCCUUGGGUUACUAUUUGGUUCCUGUAAGUAUCUGGAAUGUGUGUGUUUUGCCCAUGAUUUACCUGAAAUAAAUAAUUUCAUUGCAAGGAAUUCAUAUGCUGUACCAUAUAAACAGUGCAUUCUUCCAAUUUCAUCAUAAUUACAGAACCAUUUUCAGUUGCUAUUUUUCAUUAUUUAGUGCCAAUUCGAUUUAAGGAUGGACACAUGAACAGGGCCCAUUAUUCAGUAGGUUUACCAAUGCCAGUCAUACUUUGUAAGUAUGCAAUUAACAAGGAAAUUUGGUUCCUACUUAAUUUAAUGUAAAAUCUGCCUCAUGCACUGAGAAACUAGGAAUGGUUUCUCAAGAUAAUGUACAAUACAACUUUUAAGCAAAUUGUAACCUUGUAAAUACAGUCAGUCCUCCUUGUUCAUGAGUGGUCAGAUACUGUAUUCUUAUUAAAAUGAUAUUCACAAAAUAGCAUCAAACAGAUGGUUAAUGCCUCACACACUUGAACAAGGAGAACUGACUGUAAUAAGACUUCAUCUUUCUCAAGUGCUGUGUGAUUUCAAACAAUAAAAUCAGCUAUUUAAAUGUCAUGGUUGGUAAAAAGAGCAUGGUUUUCAGAUUUCCCAGUUUAUAUGUAGAUGUCCAAAACUGUAUAAAUUUAGUGGUAUUCACAGCAUACACCUUUGGUCGGAAGAAGCCUACUGAAAUCGUAUUAACCUUCAAAAGAAUAUUUUGCGGUGAUGUUAACGAUAGUUGCCUCUGUAGACAGAAUUUGUGAUGAGAGAAAUGAGAUAAACUCUGCUGAAAUACUUGCAUUUGCAGAAAUUAUUUGAUUGGUUUCUUCAUCAGGUCAUGUUUCAGACUGGAAUCCUGGCUUUUUUUUUUUUUUCUCUUUUGUUGUUACUUGUUGAACAGAGAUUGGUGUUUAAGAAUGUUGUCGGAAGCUAUUAAUAUUAACAUGUUAACAGGAGGGUCAGGAAGUUAUGCAAAGUGAACAACCUGGUAGCAAGGCAUCAACCGAUUCAUAUUGGCCUCUGUACCAGUCAGGCAUAUCUUUGCCCUUAUUCACUCCAGCAGAAUUAAGAGACUUAGGCACUGGUCCAUCCAUUUAUUACGAUGGUUAUGUCAUUAGUAUGAUCUUAUGGUGAUGAAGACCAAGACUGUUUUAAACCAGCUUUUUUAUUUCUUUGCUAAAUUCAGAUUAGUGAGCUCAGCUGUAGUAGGUUAAACCAGGAGCUCAGCUGUAGAAGAGAUAAAACCAGAAUUGCUUGUGCAAGUGUUUACUUAGGGACAUUUCAGACAUCGUUAGUAGUAUGUCGGUUCACGAUUACAAAUGCCAGAGGUUUUUGAAAAUAUUAAGGAAAAUAUUUUACUGCAGCAAAAUUUCACCAGACACUGUUCAAAAGGAUUUGCUUAUCUUUUUACCAUUGUCAAAUGCAGGGUUUUAGCCAAUAAAAAUUUAACUAUUACUAUAGGUGUUGGCUGUUUUAUAUGUUAUGAUUUACUCCUGUAGUGACUUUCAAGCCCAUUGGCGUUAAGUGAAAAUGUCAUAUUUGCAUAGUAUGAUGCUGUUUGUCAAAUAUUUAAAUUUCAGAGUUAAAUUCCUUAAAUAUGGAAAUUAAAAGCAAACACACAACUCCUUGGUGAAAUUAUUUGUGGUUAGAGAGUUGAGAGAAGUUUCAAGUAGUUACUAUCAGUUUACUUUGUAAAUUUGGAUAAAAGUGCUCUGUAAUUGGGGUAACAUUUAAUGCUCUGCAAUUUGCCAAUAAGCUGUGGUUAUGUUAAAGGCAUAAGUAUUAGCAGUUUUAAGUGGCCACUUUACAGAUAGAUGUAUGGUGCAUGAUUGACUAAUUGGAUGGGUGGUUUAAAAGUAUGGUACUGUUCAUAGAUCAUCAAGAACCUGUGCCAGUGACAGCUAAAGUGCCAUUGUUAAAGAACAAAAGUGAUUAUGAAGUGUUCAAGUUGUGUUCAUUUUCAUGUUUUUGGUAAUUACAGUGUGAAAAAGUUGAGUUUAGAGGAUUAAAUUUCUUUCAUUAUUCUUCUUCUAUUUACACCUAAGUAUUUGUAUACUCUGAAUACUGUAGUUUAUUUUUAAUAGAUAAUCUCAGUUUUUGGUAUUUCUGACUUCUGUUACUUCCAGGAAUAAAGUGUAAUAUAAGCUAA